UAAUUCACUGGCAUGUUCUCUGGCAUAAGCACCCCCAUCCUUCCUUCCCCCAUUCCAACUGUUGUGCUGCAGCAGAAUCUGGUCUGAGUCUGGGCAGAGUCCCUCUUGAAAAGCAGUCCUCCAGCUUCUUUUACAGCAAGAGUCUGGUGAAAGUGAUUCUUGCCUUCCCCUCGCACACAAAGGCAAGGGGCUCUUUAAAGGGACCUUCCUGCUCCUCCUUGCAGCCGCAAACGGUGUGGGUACGGAUUCAAUGACCCAGGCUUUUGCCUGAAAAUGAGUGGGGAGGGGUCUUGAGGAGCUCCCAGGACCUCCCGGAGUGGGCCAGGGAGGGAGCAGACAGCCUGAGUGGAUGGGGAGCACCGGUCCCUGGGGAGCGGCUUGCCAUUAGCUGCUUCUCGGGAUGCUCCACGCGCCAGUAGAGCAUCCUGCCUGUGGUCCAGAGGGUGCUGGCGGCGCAUCUUGCGGUAUGCCUGCGUGGAUUUGAGCCAUCGCCCAGAGGCGAGCCCGCAUUCAGACACGGCGGACGGGCUUCUGGCAGGGCUGCGUGCAGUCAGCACGAAUGCUUAGCUCCAGGCGUCUGCCCAAGCCUCCCGACUACACGGAUUUGGCUGUUUAAUCAAGCGAGAUUACUGCCUGGGAAGAUUUGCGAGCCUGAUCCGCGCUCCAGCUGCCGUGACAACUUAAGGGCUGGCUGUUUACUUCUGCUGGUGUCUGGGACCCUGUCCUGCACCGCGGACACUCCUGCCACUUUCCCGGACUCGGAAGUCAGCCGCGAGGACUCCUCUGCCGGCAUUCCGAGGAAGAGGGAGCGAGGAGGGGUUAAAAGACGAGCAGACCCUCCCAACUGCUCGAUCUCUCCUGACUGCCUGUGUUCUGGGGUUCUGAGAGGGACCGCGCGGUGCCCGGGGAAGCAAUGCAAGUCUCCAUAGCCUGCACCGAGCAUAAUUUGAAGAGUCGGAAUGGUGAGGACAGACUUCUGAGCAAGCAGAGCUCCACCGCCCCCAAUGUGGUGAACGCAGCCCGGGCCAAAUUCCGCACGGUUGCUAUCAUCGCUCGCAGCCUGGGCACCUUCACCCCUCAGCAUCACAUCUCUCUCAAAGAGUCCACUGCAAAGCAGACUGGCAUGAAAUAUAGGAACCUUGGAAAAUCAGGACUCAGAGUUUCUUGCUUGGGUCUUGGAACAUGGGUGACAUUUGGAGGUCAAAUUUCAGAUGAGGUUGCUGAGCGGCUGAUGACGAUCGCGUAUGAGAGCGGAGUGAAUCUCUUUGAUACGGCCGAGGUCUAUGCCGCUGGAAAGGCUGAAGUGAUUCUGGGGAGCAUCAUCAAGAAGAAAGGCUGGAGGAGGUCCAGCCUGGUCAUAACAACCAAACUCUACUGGGGUGGAAAAGCUGAAACAGAAAGAGGGUUGUCAAGAAAACAUAUUAUUGAAGGACUGAAGGGCUCCCUCCAGAGGCUGCAGCUUGAGUAUGUGGAUGUUGUUUUUGCAAAUCGACCAGACAGUAACACCCCCAUGGAAGAAAUUGUUCGCGCCAUGACACAUGUGAUAAACCAAGGAAUGGCCAUGUACUGGGGAACUUCUCGCUGGAGUGCCAUGGAGAUCAUGGAAGCCUACUCAGUAGCAAGACAAUUCAAUAUGAUCCCACCAGUCUGUGAACAAGCUGAAUACCAUCUUUUCCAGAGAGAGAAAGUAGAGGUUCAGCUACCAGAGCUCUACCAUAAAAUAGGAGUUGGAGCAAUGACAUGGUCUCCACUGGCUUGUGGCAUCAUCUCAGGAAAAUAUGGAAACGGGGUGCCUGAAAGUUCUAGGGCUUCGCUGAAGUGCUACCAGUGGUUGAAGGAAAGAAUUGUGAGUGAAGAAGGGAGAAAACAGCAGAACAAGCUGAAAGACCUCUCCCCGAUCGCAGAGCGUCUGGGAUGCACGCUGCCUCAGCUGGCCGUGGCAUGGUGCCUGAGAAACGAGGGUGUGAGUUCCGUUCUCCUGGGAUCAUCCACUCCUGAGCAGCUCAUUGAAAACCUCGGUGCCAUUCAGGUUCUCCCAAAGAUGACAUCACACGUGGUAAACGAGAUUGAUAACAUAUUGCGCAACAAGCCCUACAGCAAAAAGGACUAUAGAUCGUAAGGCAGUGCAUGGGCUACAAGGAGCUGCCUGGGUGAAACAGCGGUCUGUACAGGUACAGGAUGGUGUUACUAGCCAGUGUUUUGAAUCACUUAGCAGCCCACCGCUCAACCUCUAGUGUCCCUGGAUUCUGAGGUGUCUGCUGUCGCCACCACUGUGCACCUAAAAUUAUGAACAUACCUGAAAACUCACAAACAGGAAAAUCCAUAUUCUAUUUUCUUACCUUGGACUGGAGUCACCUACAUUGCUCUGUACACCUCAUGUUUAGGCAAAGUUAAGUAUCUGGCAGGGAAAAGACAUAUUACCUUCAGGCACGGAUAUGUUACAAAAUCCACAGAUUCAGUGUGGAUUGCAUCAGAAAGAGGAGGCUCUGUUCACUCAGAAGUCUUGCUUGAGAGAAUCAGAUGAAACAGUUUUACUGUAUUUUUUUUUCUAUUUGCACAUUCACGUUGUUUCAUAAAUUACUAUCUGCUUUCAUUACCUUUUAGCGUUGCUUGGCCUCAGAAAUGGCCCUGUAUAGCAGGUUCUCCAAAGUGUCUGUUAGGAUUCUAACAUGUUCAUUUACAUGGAGAGAUGGUAAGAGGAUGAAGACCCCCGUCUUUAACUAGAGAUAGUUUGGUUAAUUUAUGAAAGCAAGAAUUACACUAAGACAGAAGCUUUGCUUUGAAUAAAAUGUACCUGCAAUGAAGUACUCAUUUUUUUCUACAUUUUACUAAAACCUGCUUUAUACUUUUUGACUGCUUGUAGGCACAGCUUCUGCAAGUUUAAAUAUUUGAGCUUUAAAAAUAAAUACACACAUGCUCACUUUUGUAGGUAAACCUGUAAAAACAUCCAGAAAGGCAAAUGUUUGCUGUUUAAUUAGCACUGGGAUUUUACAGCAUAAUGCUUGGUGUUUUUAACAUGAAAUUAAAUCAUGGGCUUUGUGAAAAUGCUGUCACUACUCAACAUAUGCUGGGUAAAGUAACACACCCAAAGAAAAGCAAAUGCUAAAGAACUUCCCGACUCCAUAAUCACACUAUGUGCAUUAAAUUAUAUGCAUGAAA